AUGACCGGAGUAGACGAAAUAUUGAACUAUCAAAGGAAUCCCGAUGAUGACUUCUACGGGUUGCUGGGAUGUGAUGAAAACUCAUCUGUAGAGCAGAUAAUUACUGAAUACAAAGUAUUAGCUCUGCAAUAUCAUCCUGAUAAGAAUGAUGGCGACAAGGAUGCAGAGGCAAAGUUUCAGAAGUUAAAGGAAGCCAAAGAGACUUUGUGUGAUCCAUCUAAGCGGGCACUCUAUGACAAGUGGAGGCAGAGUGGAAUAUCCAUGGGCUACAAACAAUGGCUUGGUAUGAAGGAACAUAUUCAACAAUCAAUGCAUUGGUCCAAACCAAACACCAAGGACCGAAUGUUAGAGGAUGAAUCUGAUCGCUCUUCAGGACCUUCCAGCUUGGGGCCCACAAAUGCAGCAACUCGUCGAGCUUCUGAGGGAGGUGCUGCACUAUGGGGACGCUGGGGAACUGGUAACCAAGAGCCACCUUCUGAAGUCAUUUCCAAAUUCCGGAACUAUGAAAUC